AUGUUCUUGGAGACUCAUUGUUGGCCAAGCACUUCGCAAAAUGGUCAAUCUGUUGAAGAAACGGAAAAACAAGAAAUUGGGAAGAAGAGGAGAGCGAUCCUGGGAACACUGCACAAUGCAACGAAUCUAUUUCAUCUCAGUGCUGAAUUAAUCCGAUUACGGCAUCUUUUGACGGUGUUUAUUUUUCUCGCCUUUCCGCCGACAAUUCAUGGAUAUUAUCGGAGCAGUUUGCAGGGUUCAGACGGUCAUCAACAGUACUCGGAUUUGAUGAGCGCACCGAAAGAGCCUUGUUAUUCGUGCUUUUCUCAUGCUUAUCUACCGAUUUGGAACCUGCUGAUGAUCCACUACUACCCGCCACACAAUUUCACCGAUCGCUGCUGGCAACCGGAUGCACAAAUCGGCACAGUACCCUGCGAUUCGGCGUGUUUUACGAUUGUCGAGCGAGUGGCCGGUCAAAACGAGUUUAUGGACACCGAGCAUCAAGCGGUGAUGAGGGGUUGUGUGGAUCGAUUUCUCCUCUUUGGACUCGAUGCUGACGUGAAAAUGGGUUUAAUGCCGGUGGAUCGACGACACACGAAUGUCUGCAAGAAAAGCAGUCGAAAGAUUCUCAAAAUGUACUCGCUGACAAGCUCGGAAAGCGAUCUAGUCUAUCUAUGCACUUGUGUUGGUCCGCGAUGCAACGAGCAAGACAUGCUAAACAAACCGGACACAGCGCCGAGGGCCGCCUUUCUUUCGAAUUCUUUUUCAGAUAACUCAAUCAAAAUAGAGGUUCGCGGUCGUCUUCCGCGGCGUCAUCCGUUUCUGCCGAGCACGUCGGUCGAGUUCGACGAGAGGAUUCUCUUGAAGAGAGCUCCUCUGAUCAACUCUCCAUCUGCCAGUUUACAGUGUUCAGCUUCUCCAAUCUUCGCAUUCACUCACCAUCAUCAUUCAAUGAUUUCUCCAUCGACCAUCGCUCGACAAUUUCACCGGUGUCUGUCCACCGUCUCAACCGAUUCCACUCGAUAUAUCGUUUCCGUUUCCGAGAUUCGUAAACGCUUGAGAGAGGAGGGUCAUUUGCGGAAAUGUUCUCCAAGCGAUAUACAUUUGAUCGACAGUGAAGAUGUGCUGCUUUUCUCUUUUCUUCACGCUUUCGAUGGUGAUGUCGACGUGGUGUUUGCCGUAGUUCUUGAAUGGUUGAAAUGGCGACACCAAUUCGAUGUUGAGCAUUUGAGUAUGCUUUCUCUAAAGCCUCUCUUUGAUCGACGCUUCAUGUAUGUGCACGGAAAGGAUGUGGAGGGAAAUCCAAUUUUAUGGAUCCAAAUGCGGGAACACCGUCCGGGCGAUCGUGUCUCCGAGCAACUCUUCGUCUAUUGGUUGGAAAGACAUUAUUUCGCCACUCGUGGCUCUCCAUUAACACUUGUCGUUGAUAUGACUGGAUGCUCUGUUAAAAAUAUGGAUUUUGAUCUCUUCAAAUUCAUUCUCCAUGCUCUCAAAUUCUACUAUCCACUCUGCGUACAAGAUAUUAUCAUUUUCGAUUCACCGUCGAUACUAAAUGCCAGCUGGAAGGUCAUUCGAUCGUGGCUUGGCGCUGGCCAUCCGCAAAUCCAUCAAGUAGCCCGGGAAUCCGUUCAACAGUACAUCCCAUAUACAAAUCUACCGGUGCACAUGGGUGGACUGGACGAGUGGACAUUCUCUAUGGAAGAGUUGGCGCGUUGUGUCCCACAAAAGCUCAGUCCAAUGCGCGAAUCACUGGCCGAGCUCCUCGACGACGAUCAGCCCGACACUCGACCCGAUCUUGACUCUUUUCCCGUUAAACGGACCGUGAAAUUUGAUGAUGAUGAGGAUGAAACUGGAAGGAAAGCACCGCUCACUGUUAGCCGACGAUCCAGCAGUCGGGGAGCUCCAACAAAAAGAUCCUCAUCAAGAUCUGGAAUGCCACAAAAUCUGCGACCAAUGGCCGAGAGAAGAGUUCACGCGCCAGACUCUGACUGGGUGAAAAACGCCUUUCUGGCAACCAGCCCUCGCGAAGAGCUUUUCUUACAACGACUCGAGGGAGACACCGAUUACGUGGAUUUGGUUGCCAUUCGAAACACCGGAUCUAAUAAUGUUAUGUUCAAAAUUAAAACGACUUCACCAGAGAAAUUUCGUGUUCGUCCCUCGACUGGUUUGAUCCCUGCUGGAGUCACUGAAUCUGUUCGAGUUUAUCUUCAAAAUGAAUACAGACAAUCAGCGAGCCGUGAGAAGUUUUUGUUGUUAGGUCUAGAAACGGAAAGCACAAGUGUCGAACAAUUCAGCGAUCUGUGGAAAGAAGCAAAACCAGAAAAGAAAGUCGAGCAAAAGCUGAAAUGUCGAGUGAAUCUACCACCCGGAGAACAGAACGGAACGGUGAAUGGACACACGCAAAUCGACCAAAAGAGAGAAACACUUAAACAACCGCUGAACUUACAAGAUGAAGUGGAGAGAUUGGCGGCCGGUCAACGAGCACUCAUUUGGGCGAUCGGGUUCUUGUUUUUCAUCCAGAUUUGGCUUCUCAUGUCUGAUCACGCGAACACUUCGUCUCUCUCUUCAGCAAUUGUCGCUUUACAAGAAGCUCAACUCAAAUCUCAUCAACAACAACACGGAGAGCUA